AUGCCUCUGGCAGGGGGCCGCCAUUUUGUCUCCCUGUUCGUUCGCACGGGCUGUUUCUCCUGCUGCUGCUGCUGCGAUGCCUGAAAAGCCGGACCCGGACGUGUACCGCGAGCCACCGCGCCGCACGCCGGCGCCAGACCCUCAGACGACCAUCCCCAACCCGUUAGACCUGAUCGGGAAGCUCUUUUACUACACGGUUGACAAGCCGGUCACUGCCUGGAGGGAAUGGAUCGAGCAGCAGCAUGCAAAGAACAGAUUUUAUUAUUAUCACCAGAAUUUCCGCCGUGUCCCGGACCUUACAGAAUGCUUGGAGGAUGACUUUUUGUGUUUCUAUGAAGCGGAGGCACAGUGGAGACGAGAUUACAAAGUCGACCAAGAAAUAGUGAAAAUAAUCCAGGAGAGAUUAGGUGCUUGCAAACAGCGGGAAGGAAAAAGCUCCGACCAGAACUGUGCCAGGGAGCUACAGCAGUUCAAAGAGGUGGCCAAGGGUUAUCAAGACAGAUAUGGUGACCUGGGUGGCUUUGGAACUGCUCGCAGGUGCUUAAUGAAGCAGAAGCAGCGGAUGAUUGCAGAAAGGAAGGCCCAGGCAGCAGCUGAGGCACAACACUAAGCACCAGUUGGUCGUUCCAGCUUGGAAUUGAAUUUCAAACAGCUGAAAUACUGUAAUUAUUCAUUGUAUGUUGUUGGCAAACCAAAUGACAGAACCUUUGCUGUUCUCUCAAAACUGUACAGUCUACAAGGCAGACUUAAAUGCAACUGUUGGAAGAUAAUAAAUCUAGAAUGCCAA